AUGGCAAGACAACAACGAACCAAUUCUUCGAAACAGGGAGGACGCAGAAGAAGAUAUUCCAAUGAUGGGGACUCGAGAGAGGAAUAUAGCAGCACUACAACAACAACAAAUAAUGGUGUUGCUCAUACUAAUAACACUACUUCAGUUGCUGCUGCUGUGAGUUCUCAAGCUUAUUCUUCUAAAAAGUCUGAAGAUUGUAAGGGAACUUCUCCUGCAAGAGAUGUUGGCGUUGUUCAAAAUAACAAUUCCACUAUUAAUAAUAAUAACAAUAAUACUACCACCACUACUUCCCAAUCAUCAUCAAUUCCUUCCUCUACAACAAAUUCUUCAACCACCUCCACUACUUCUAAAGAUGAAGUUAUCCCAGCUAAACUCUCCCAAGAAAAUUCAUAUUUUGGAUUAAACCAAGAUGAAUUCAUCAAUGCCUUCUCUUCUGUAAUUCAAGAAAUUUCAUCACAAGGAGACAUGAUCCCUAUUGAAGCCCAACAAAAAACACAAUUCCACACCUCUCUUCCACCAAGAAUAUCACUUCGUAAAUAUUUGGACAGAAUUAUCAAUCUUGUAUAUAUGGAUAGGUUGGUACAAUCGAAUCCUAAUUUUGUGAUUAGCAGCUUGUCUAUUCAUCGUUUACUCAUCACCAGUAUUAUGGUUGCUGCCAAGUUCUUUGAUGACAAGUUCUAUAGCAAUGAAUACUAUGCCAAUAUUGGUGGUAUCAAGAAGGAGGAAAUUAAUAAGUUGGAGAUUGAAUUUCUCUACAUGAUUAACUUUUCUCUCCACUUCCAACCACCUGAAUUUGAGCAGUAUAAGGAAGAGUUUAUUGUUGCUCCAGCCCUCAGAGAGAGAGCUCUCAAGAAACGAACAACAGCUGUUGGUUCUUCUAAACAGUACUCUGUGGGACAAUCACAUCAUAGUUAUGGUGAUGAAGUGAGCAUUGAGGAAUCAUGUAUAUCCAUAUGUUCAGAACAACAACAAUAUCCACGACAUUCGUCUCCCAUCCAUUAA